GUCGGCACUCCUUCUGGACAGCAACCGUGCCAUCGGGUUUUGGUCGCUAGAGUUUAUGGCUUCGUCAUUAGUGACGAGCACUUGUAUGUGGGAAAAGUGAUCUCAAUUUAUUCACAGGGCAGAGGCAAAUUGGGGGCCCAUGGAUGGCAGCAAAGCUCCACCAAUAUUGGUGCCAUCUCAUAUCUAUCCAUGCAGCUUUAUGAGCAAUCCUAUUCAGCAACCUUCCAGGCAGUUCACACACGAUUGGCUUUACUCCAGGCCUUUACAUAUAAGCAUCUUAUGCCAGACUCAUUUUUGUGUUUAAUGCCAGGCAGCUCAGUCCCGGACUCCAACAACUGCCACCUCCAGCUUGACAACAUCGCUCUCACCACUUAUAACAAUCUGAACAAGCAUUCCCGGAGUCUUGGUAUUGCUGUGCAGGAUUUGCAGAAGCUGAGACACAGAGGAAAGCACUCGGCGCAAGAUCAAGACAAUGCAGCCGAUGACAAAGGCUUGCAGGAUGGUUUGUAA